AAUUUCACUACAUUUAUUCGAGUAGGUAACACGUAGUACAAGUCUACAAAUAAUCAAAAUUCAGUAGACUCAAACAACCGUUCGUACUAUAAUAAUAUAUUUCCAUUACACUACUAUUAUAAUAUAUUAUGCAGAAUACUUUUAUAAUGAUUAUUUUUCUUUCAAUCUCUUUCUGUAUAUUUUUUAUUACAAUGCAGUUUUUAUAACCAUCUAUAUUUGAUUAACCCCUCUACUCACGGAUGGUGGUUACGCAAAAGUAAUUGAUACGAAGGGAAAUAUCAUUAUUAGUAGCAUUUAUGUUAUCAUAAUCAGAUUGAUAAGCCAAUAUUAUCGUUGAUUUAUGUAUCUACUAUAAAUAUUACACAAUAUAAACGAUAGGUAUCGCAUUCUAUACUGCUUGUUUGUAAAUACUUUUAAAAUCGUAGGAGCAAGUGUACCGAUGUGUAUCAACAAUAUUAAAUCUCAAAAAUUUAAAAGUAGUUAAAUACUUACCACUAACUUAUCCUAAAAAUAAUGUUAAGUGAUUGAUUUUGUAGUAAAUUUUUGACAAUUGUGUAAUGCUUUAAUGUAUUGUGCGAUUCCUUACAUAUAUAAUUAAGACAUAAUGAAGUGGGGCGUAUUUCAAUGUUAGCAUAAGUAUGUGCGAAAUAUUUAUUAAACAUUGAUGUGAAGCCAGUGGAAUAGUGAAUUAAAAACAAACAGUAGUAAACCAAUAAACAAAUAAAACAUACAAAAUGGAACAGAAAGAUAAUCAACCUAGUGACGUUCAGGUUGAGCAAGCAGAAGUGAAGACCCGUGUUGAUCUAGACAAGAUCUUAGUAGAAGAAAUCGGUCAAGUCGGAUGGUUCCAGCUACGGACGUGGGCAUUGGCGGCAUUUGCUGUAAUAUUUAGCGGAUUUGCGGCCACUGAAUAUGUGUUCUCAACGGCGAGAAUUGACACCAGGUGCCUCAUCUCCGAAUGUGAAUCUACAGACCAAACCAUCGAGUUCGCACCAUCAUGGAUCUUAAACGCUAUUCCACCUUCUGGUUCGUCAUUUGACAGCUGUCAGCGCUUCGCCAACAUUUCGACCAACUAUCUCAAUGAAGUUUGUCCUGCUAGUCUGUUCGAUUCUAGCAACGUCGUAGAUUGUGAAGAGUACGUCUAUGAGAAUACUAACACUGUUGUUUACACUUUCGGGCUAGCUUGCCGGGAUUGGCAACGCUCCUUCAUUGGUACUGCGUGGGCGCUCGGGACACUGGCUGGCUUACCUAUUGCAGGAUUUGUAUCCGACCGAUGGGGGCGCCGUACAGCACUUAUCAUCAACGCAUUCAUCCGAGCAUCCCUUGGUCUGGGCCGUUCCUGGACUAACACAUAUGUGGGCUUCACUCUUCUGGAGUUCCUUGAGUCCGCCUUGGGUGGUGGUGUAUUCACCUGUGCUUAUAUUUUAGUGAUGGAGAUGGUUGGACCUAGGAUGCGAGUCGCGUUCGGAACAUCGAUGAAUUCAUUCUUCUCGGUCGGCUGCGUCAUCGCUGGGCUAUUGGCCUGGGCUUUUAAUGACUGGCGCGACUUAACCCGCGUUUUAUAUACCCCAAUGUUGAUCAUGAGCUUCUCACUCUGGUUCGUCCCAGAAUCAGUCCGCUGGUACAUGAGCAAGGGACGUUACCAAGAAUCUGAAACUGUUCUCAAAACAGCAGCAAGAAUUAAUGGAAAACAACUGUCAGAUAAGUCGUUGGAAGCUUUGAGGGAAUCAGUGGAAGAAGAGAAGAGAAGGAAUGAGACGGAAGCGGAGAAUAAAACGAACGAGCCGUGGUUAAUAGUCCAAGUGUUUAGGCAUAAACAGAUCUUGAUCCGCUGUAUAGUGUCGCCUGUCUGGUGGAUAACCUUUACUAUUGUAUACUAUGGAUUGUCUAUAAAUGUUGUGAACAUAUCUGGAAACCGUUAUUUGAAUUAUGUGGCGGUAUCAGCUGUGGAGGUUCCUGGCUAUUGGACUUCAAUGUUUUUGUUGGGUAUCAUUGGGAGGAAACCGGUGCUUAUUGCCGCGUUUUGGGUCUGCGCCGCCUGUCAAGCGACAUAUAUCUUCAUGCCUGAUGGUUACUACGAAGCCUCUCUAGCGGUCUACCUUAUCGGAAAGUUCUCCAUCGCCAUGGUGUCCGCAGGGCUGUACGUGUAUACAGCGGAGUUGUAUCCUACCAGAAACCGCCACAGUCUGCUAGGUUACUCUUCUAUGGUCGGAAGAAUCGGGUCUAUUCUAGCCCCCCUCACUCCAGCUAUGGGCAACUCCACAUUCGACGAGCUACCGUUUGUCAUAUUUGGUUGCUUCGCGCUUCUCUCCGGGUGCUUAGUAUUCAUAACACCAGAGACCCUUGGUGCCAAGUUCCCUGAUACCAUGGAGGAAGCUUCGGACAUUGGCAAGCAGAAAGAUGGCGCUAAAUAAAAAUAUGAAUAUUAGUAAGUUAUUUUUAAUAACUUAUAACUGAUGUAUCAGUAUUGCGAUACAACGAGGAAAUCCCGCCAGCAUCCUUGGUACAAUGCCUCAUGGGCCUGUUUUAGAUUUAAGCUAGUUAUAGUAAUCUUCUGUAUAUAUCCAUUAUGUAAACUGUUAUUCUUGUAAUAAAUAUAUACCUUUAAAAAAAAA